AUGGCUGGGGCAAAUCACGGCGGCGAUCCAGGCUCAUCACACGAUGAUACCAUGGCAGACCAUCACACCACAUCAAGCACAACGGAGACCGACUACGAGAAGCACCAUGAAAUAGUGCAUGAUGACACAGACCGAGAAAAUAAGAUCGAGAUCGCAGCAGCAGAGGGCCAUGACGCAGACACCCCUUCCAACAUUGGCUACCUCCUCGACGAGCGAGGCGAGCUGAAGAGGCAGCGUUCCAUCGCUGAGCAGGCGAGCCUGGCGCUGGCCAAGACCAGGAGUAACGCGUCCCACCACCAGAACGGCGCCAGCGACCUCGAGAAGGGCGCCACGACGGACGGCGACGGUGAAAAGGACGCGCACGCGGGCGAGAGCGAUCCGAACGUCGUCUGGUGGGACGGCCCCGACGACCCAGAGAAUCCUAUGAACUGGCCCAGCUGGCGAAAGGUCCUGACUUGCACUAUCAUCUCCUUUCUGACCUUUGUCACGCCGCUCGCGUCCUCCAUAUUCGCCCCUGGCGUGCCGGAACUGAUGAGGGACUUCCGUUCCGACAGCAACCUACUGGCCUCGUUCGUCGUGUCCGUCUAUGUGCUGGGCUUCGCAUUUGGACCAUUGAUCAUUGAGCUUUACGGAAGGUCAAUUGUCUAUCACGUCAGCAACGUGGGUUUCGUGGCCUUCCUCGUUGGCUGCGCGCGCGCCCCAGACUUGAACAGCCUGAUUGUCUUCCGGUUCUUCUGCGGCUGCUUCGGCGCCAGUCCGCUCACAAACGGCGGUGGCUCGAUCGCCGAUAUCAUCCGCCAGGAGAAGCGAGGAAGCGCCAUGGCUGCAUUCAGCAUCGGCCCACUGCUCGGCCCCAUCAUUGGUCCCGUCGCCGGUGGGUUCCUCACCGAAGCCAAAGGCUGGAGAUGGGUGUUCUACGUGCUGGCCAUGGUAGGCGGUGCUGUGACAAUCAUGAUGUUCAUCUUUAUGCGCGAGACGUACGCCCCCGUGAUCCUGCAGCAGAAAACCCUCAGGCUGCGAAAGGAGACGGGCAACGAGCUACUGCGGUCGAAGCUCGACAUCGGCUUAUCUCCGCGCGACCAUUUCUAUCGCAGCAUUGUCCGGCCUUUGAAGAUGCUCAUCAGAUCGCCUAUUGUUGCGGUCUUUGCGGUAUACAUCGCAGUGGUCUACGGGUACCUUUACCUCAUGUUCACUUCCAUGACAGAAGUUUUCCAGCAGACAUAUCAUUUUAGCACCAGCAUCACGGGUCUUGUUUUCCUUGGAAUGGGCGUUGGCUCCAUGGCUGGACUUGUCUACUUCUCGGCUACAUCCGAUCGCCACAUCCAGAAAAUGUCGAAGCUGGAGGGAAAGGGGAUGAAGCCAGAAUACCGCCUGAAGCAACUACCAGUCGGCGCUUUUAUGCUCCCCGCUGGAUUCUUCCUUUACGGAUGGACCGCCCAAUAUCACGUCCACUGGAUCGUGCCUAUUCUAGCAACUGGCAUCAUUGGGAUGGGGAACAUCAUCAUUUUCAUGAGCCUCCAGCUAUACCUUGUUGAUGCGUUCACCAUAUUUGCCGCUAGCUCACUCGCCGCCAAUACCGUCGUCCGAUCCGUAGCAGGUGCUGUGUUGCCGUUGGCAGGGUUGUCGAUGUAUGAUGUUCUAGGUUUGGGAUGGGGCAACAGCUUGUUGGGCUUCAUUGCACUGGCGCUGGCUCCAUUGCCUUUUUGGAUCAUGGCCAAAGGAGAGUGGAUGAGGACAAAGUGGGAGCUCAAGGACCUUUAG